AGUUAGUUUCUUGGCCGAUUUAGCCGCGACUGGUUCUUGGUUGGGGAAUAUUCGGAGACCCUCACGUACCGAGCGUCUGGUUAAGUCCGAAUUUCGAGCUGUGAACUGGAUUGCGGAUUCUCGUGCGAGCCGAACGAGGAAACACCAGGAACGCCAUUUUUUUCGAGUGAAGAUACUAAUCGAUUUGGUAUUUGCAUAUCCUUUACACCGAAAGCGGGCACCACGAAGAGGAGCAGGUCCAUUACAGGAGAAGCAGGAGGAUUCUUUUCCGCCCCUGAAUCCCCUGAAGCGGGAGGAAGGCCGCCACGUUGGAAGGAAAACGGCUUUUCACGGCAGUUAAUAAAUUUUUAACUGGUUCAACUAUUGCCCGCGAGUUUCGCCAACUAAUGACGAGAAACGCGGCGGUGAGUGGCGAUGAACCCGACGAGGAGCAGGCGUCAGCGGCAGUCGCUGAAGGCGAGGAUCAGGAGAGCCAGGACCAGGCGAUGCAGGACGGCGAGCAACCAGGAGACGGGGGCCACCACCUCAGCAGCGAACAGCAACCAUCGACAGGGCAGUGUCGCCAGAGACCGCGAAAGAAAUUGACGGACAAGCAACAACAACGAAGUGCUGCCAAUUCGCAUCCAGAGCAGGCGGAUGCGGACACAGAUUCCAGCUCCUGCGAAGGCAUCAAAGUGGGUCAGCGGAGGAGUACGCGGGUGAGCUACGCGCAGAGAAAUCUUCAUGCGGAUGAUAUGGACGACUAUGACUACGACGAGGAGGGGGAGGACGACGGCGAGGAGGAGGAGGAGGAGUCCUAUGACGACUACGAGCAGUUCUCGAAACCGGAAGGACGUCGACCUGCUAGCAGAACCGCCUUGAGCGUCCGCAGCAGACGAAAGACAAAAAGCCGUCAGAUCUCCUAUGCCUCCUCGGACUUGGAGCUGGGAAUCGGCGACGGAGCCAACCUAAUCGACGGCGAGAGCCUGGAUAAGCGCCGCUGCAUCUCCAAGGGACAAAUGCGCGAAUUCCGGGAGGCGUUCCGGCUCUUUGACAAGGAUGGCGAUGGCUGCAUAACCAAGGAGGAGCUGGGCACAGUGAUGCGAUCCCUGGGACAAUUUGCCAGAGUGGAGGAGCUGCAGGAGAUGCUGCAGGAGAUCGACGUGGACGGGGACGGCAACGUCAGUUUCGAGGAGUUCGUGGAUAUCCUGUCCAACAUGACGUACGAAGAUAAGUCGGGCCUGUCCUCCGCCGACCAGGAGGAGCGGGAACUACGCGACGCCUUCCGCGUCUUCGACAAGCACAACCGGGGAUACAUAACAGCCUCCGACUUGCGAGCCGUGCUGCAGUGCCUGGGCGAGGAUCUGGACGAGGAGGACAUUGAGGACAUGAUCAAGGAGGUGGACGUGGACGGCGAUGGGCGCAUCGACUUCUACGAGUUUGUUCACGCAUUGGGCGAACCGGAGGACUCGCAGGAGAACGACGAUGAGGAGGAGAAUACCACGUCGCCGCUGCCCACACCGAAAUCGGCGAUUUCUCUAAGCUACGACUAAGCUACCGCCCGACUUUGCUCCAUGUCCAUGCUGAUGAUCAGAUGAUAAAGUUUAAAUAAAUGAAUUGCCGACUUGCAAUAAUAUGAACCGACAAGGAUGUUCAUCAAUAAUCGAACGGCAAGACUCGAAAGGUGUCGUUUAUUUCUUAUCGACUUUUUUCAACUACUAAGCCAUAGUUAAUCGAGAAGGAGUCGAUUGACCAGUAUUAGGCGAACAAAUUAAAUAUAACUUAUCAAAUUGACAACUUUUAAUUGAAUGAACGCACAGCUUAUCAAAUUGAAAAGGUUAUUAAAUAAACAUAUACAUUCAUAUAUAUAUUUAUAUAUAUAUAUAGCUAUUCAAUAAUCGAAUACGACAAAUUAACCGAUAAACGAUUUACUUUACAUCGAUCUUUGAGGGAAACUAACUCCAAUUUUAAAUCGCUGUCUCUACCUUUUCGCCCAAGUCCAAGUCCAAUUACAAACCAAAAUCAAAACUAAUCUUAGAGUGUAAUCGAUAAAUAUGACUUACCAUAUCUAUUAUAUCCGUGGGCUUAUCCAACUUAGAAGCACAAAUACACAUAUUUCAAGACAUAUCAUUGAAGACGCCUCUGUAAAUGUGUUUUUUAAAUCCAACUGAAUCCUUAUAAAUCCUUAUAAAUAUGCAUUCCUUUCCACUCCGCGUUUCCUUCUUCUCUCCUUGUAGCAUCUAAAAAGAAUUAAUUUAUUUAGUGAGUAUUUGCUCAAUUACGGCUGCUGGCGUAGUACUCAUACCAAAACGUAACAUAACAAUACGAGUAUAUUAAUUAAUAUUACCAAGCUUAUGCUCAUUUUCUAAGUAUUAAACGGACAAUUUACUGAAAUUUAAAAUUUGCCAUUUUAAUCCAAAUUUUGAAUCGAAAUCCCUAAAAUAAAUAUAAUGUAUUUCAAGUA